UUUAACAAGAAAAUCCAAUCCCCCCCCCAAAAAAAUAUAUUUAGUGAACCACCAACUUGAGCACACAGAUUGUUAAAGGAAAGUUCAUACAUGGCACAAGCAAUGGCAUCGAUGGCUGGUCUACGUGGAGCAUCUCAGGCUGUCCUUGAAGGUAGCCUCCAGCUAAGUGGUUCAAACAGGAUGUUGAAUGUGCCUAGCAACACCACUCGUGUGGCCGUGGCACGCCCUGGGCUUACUGUUAGAGCUCAGCAACAAGUGUCUGGUGAGCUUGAAACUAGCCGUAGGGCCAUGUUAGGUCUUGUUGCUGCUGGUUUGGCUUCUGGUUCUUUUGUUCAAGUUGUUCUUGCUGAUGCUCUUCCUAUCAAACUUGGCCCUCCUCCCCCUCCUUCUGGUGGACUCCCUGGGACAUUGAACUCUGAUGAAGCAAGAGACUUUGAUCUGCCACUGAAACAGAGGUUUUUCUUGCAACCACUUCCCCCAGCUGAGGCGGCAGUAAGGGCUAAGGAGUCAGCUAAGGACAUUGUUGGUGUGAAAUCUUUGAUAGACCAGAAGGCUUGGCCUUAUGUCCAAAAUGACCUUCGUCUCAAGGCAGGAUAUCUUCGUUUUGACCUCAACACUGUUAUCUCUGCUAAGUCCAAGGACGAGAAGAAAUCCCUUAAGGAACUUACUGGAAAGCUCUUUGAUACCAUCAGCAACCUCGACUAUGCAGCAAAGAUUAAGAGCACUCCUGAAGCUGAGAAGUACUAUGCUCAGACUGUAUCUACUCUGAAUGAUGUUCUUGCUAAGCUUGGUUAAGAGAAACUCAUGUAAUUUGAUUUAAGCUUUUGUGAAAUACUUUAUGAGACACUUCAUUUGGAUGUUCUUUGAAGGGGAUCUAGUUGUGAAAAAGAAUAAUCAUUGCCUUGCUA